AUGCCUAAUAGCUCUAACUCUUCUCCGCCUUCUUCUCCGCCUUCUCCUGACCUGUUUGACUUCGAUGCACCUAAAAUCAAAGACUUCAGUAAGGCUAGAUAUCAAAAACAAAAAAGAAUGAUUGAAAAGGUUCUAAAGGAGCAUGGCAAGCCAGGCCAGGCCUUAGGGCCUUCUAUGACCAAACGGGACAAACUUAUCAAGAUAGAACCAGCCGCACCUCGAGUUACAUGUUUCUCUGAAGUUUUCAAAAGCAAGACCAAAUCAGAGAUAACGGUAUCUAAACCGUUAAGUUUAUGUGAUCUUUCGGCCAAUCAAAGUGUAGAUGAUCGCUGGUUUGAAAGACGAGAAAAAGAGAUAGAGUCGGGUAAGGAUAUAGAAAAAGAAAUGGGACGAGCUUUAAACCAACCAAUGGAAGUAGUUAUUCCGAAAUCUAAGAUAUGUUCGAGUUUAUUUGAAAGUGAAGAGGAAGAGGAGUUACUGCCUCGUUUAAAGAUUAUCUCAACUCCACCGAUUAAAAGGAGUAAUCGGACAUUUACUUCGGCUGAGUUUGAUCCUUCCGAGAUAAAGGACCUUUCUAGAUCUUUUGAACGGUACGACUAG